AUGUUGUCGACUUUACCAUUGAUUGCGCUAUUCUUGGUGCAGUAUACAACGGUCACUAUAGAAGCUCCAGCCCAGACGCUCGGCGGUUCAUCAGCCGUGCAAUCUGCUUCAGACCUUGAGGGUCAAAUAGGCGAUCUGGUGAUUCCUCAGGAAGAGGCAAAAAACAUAACCACCGCGGAGACUCGCAAAAUUCGAAGCACGCCAGAUUAUGCUACCCUGCUCAGUGAGAUCGGUGACUUUACACUUCCAAGCAACAUCACUGCAGGCCACGUGGCUAAGGUAGCAAAACAAGCCGUACCAUCGCUCUCUGAUGCAGAAGUGAUCAACAUUGUUCAGGCAUUGCGGCCUGAGCAAUUCAGCCUUCGGUGA